CUUCCGUUUCAUGGGCGUUAACAAAAGGGGAUCCUCUUGCCGCGUGCGCUCUCGCGCCGUGUUUAGCGGUACUGUUACACUACAUUUCUCAUGUUUUGCUGGUUUAUUUACUGCUAGUUUCGGUGGAAAUGGAGGCGUUUAAUCAACUUCUGUUGGAGUAUCCCGAGCUAAUGUACAGCGGGGUCGGAGCUACAGCGGUCGUCGCCGGCGGAGCGCUGAUAUACAAGAUUCUCACCAGGAAGAAGCCGACCCAUGCAAACGUGAACUGCUGGUUCUGUAAUCAGAACACAGUGGUGCCCUAUGGGAACAGGAACUGCUGGGACUGUCCCAACUGUGACCAGUAUAAUGGCUUCCAGGAGAAUGGGGAUUACAACAAACCCAUCCCAGCUCAGUACAUGGAGCACCUGAACCAUGGAGUAUCUGGUGGCCUUCCCUCAUCUGAGACACCCAAGGCUCUGCAGUUUGUCAACUGUCAGAUGCUGCUCUGCAGGAAGUGCAAUACCAAUCAGUCUGUAAAGAUCAAGCAGUUGGCCUCAUUUAUCCCAAGGGACGAUGAGAACUACGAUGAGGAAAUUGAGGCUUACAAGCACCACCUUGAGCAGACCUACAAGUUAUGCAGGCCAUGUCAGACAGCUGUGGAGUACUACAUCAAAUAUCAAAACAGGCAACUUCGAACAGUGCUCCUAAACCAUCAGCUUCGACGCAGCCGGGAAUCCGACAAGGGCUUUGUAAAGAGCUCCUAUUCUACUUCUUCUCCCAUGGGGGUCAUCCUCUUACGGGUCCUCGGCUUCCUGAUAUGUGCUUUCCUAGUUUCCACAUUUUUCGGUGAAUUGCCGGACCAGCAUACUUCAACCAGUGGCCCGCAGACACUAAGUGGCGGGGUCAUUCCACCAAAGCCCAAGCCCUCCAACGAAUCCACCCCCGACAAAGAAAGAAGUGGAGGCGUGCCUGUGUGGCAGAGUCUGCUGGGGCUGAUCCCAGACAAGGCUCAAGAAAAUGCCAAGCUGGUGUGGCAGUUCGGAAGAGACAACCAGCUGGCUGUAGUCUCUGUUGGCCUGUUGACUUGUCUCACUGCUAUCUUCUUUGCAGGGCCUGUGAGGUUGAGGAGAAUUGAUGCGGUGGCCUCUGUCCUGUGGUUCGUCAUCCUGUGCCUCUACCUGGCUGAGAGCUACUUUACUGCUGCCUUGGACUGGAUGGACACAGCCAAGCUCAGUGCCUCAUCCCUCUGCUGCCUUGUCAGCUUUGCUGCUGCUGUGGCAACUCGCAAACCGCUGGGUCCAAGAAGAGCCCGAUAUCGAAGAUACCUUGCAGGUAGCUCUGCAGCCCCCCCGUUCAGCAGCCAGUCUCCUUUCCUGUCUCCUGACCUGGCAGACUCCUUCAUCCCCACCCCGCCCCCCAACCUCUCACAGCUCAUCAACCGCCAACAGAGUCCUCGCGAGCGCAAGGCGUCCCCCUCCUCUUUGCCUGGGCGCCUCAACAGAGCCCUCAGCCUCGGCACGAUCCCCUCCCUCAGCAGGACAGAUUCUGGUUACCUGUUCAGUGGAAGCAGACCAGCUUCACAGUACAAAGACUCCCCCUCUUCAGACUACUUCUCCCUGAAGUCUGGGAGCCGCCCAUCAUCCCCAGGCCCCUCUCCAACUCCUUCAGUAGCCGGGUCGGUUACAUCCAGUUCAGGUUCUGCCAGACAUCGGCGCCCCCUCAUCAGCCCUGCACGCCUCAACAUCAGCGGCCAGAGGCUCCGGCUUUUUUCAACAGAGCCGGAACCCACACUCAUGUCCCCACCUGUGUCUCCGUCACACUUCCUCGUGGAGCAGAGCUCUUCCAUCUACAGCGGCUGCUUUUCACAUGACAUAUCACCCUUCCAAAGCCAAAAUGAUUUGAGUUCUUUGUUAAGAGACGGCACAGUGAUUGAAGAGGAUGAGAGGCGGGGCAGCUCCUCAGAGUCCUCAGCAUGCCUGGUUGGUACAACUACACAGGGGCUGGAGAGCACCCCUCCUCCGAAAGGUUUUGUGAGGCGUCUCAUCUGGCCGGGCCUUUUGCUGAUGAGCCUGGCUUCAAACCUGUUGUUUGCCGGCCUCUAUGCCUACCAUAACUGGGGAUGAAAGGUUCUUGAGUCUACUGCUGCUGUUCUCUUGUGAUCUGCACAGAGUAAGUUGGCCUCUGUCGAGUCCAUUGACCUGAAGGUCACUCAGCAACACCAGAAAACAUCAUCUUUCUGGCAGUUACUUCUUGGGGUGAACACAGAUGUCAGCUGACAGAUUUUCAGCACCAUACCUCCAUGCGAUUGGAGUUUCAAGACGACAGUAUGGUAAAAAUUGAAAAUCAAGUGAUUCAUGACGGCUUGAAAAAAUAUUUUGGCUUCUGUGGCAUGGCCUUGUUUUGCCUUGGUUUGUCAUUGCUCCUCUGUGAACACAGGUGCAUGUGUAAUUGAUUUAAAAGGCUCAAGUGUUGUACUGAUGCUUGUUGGCAUUUUAAAUACUGGUCUGUGAAAUGUGCAAUCGUCAUGUACUGUUCAGUCAAUAGUGCUCAGACACAGAGGGUCGUGUCUUAUCUACUUACUGUGACUGUGUAGCGUACAUCGAAUCUCCCAAGUGGAGAAUGCUUUUUUGUUAGCCAAAAAUUUGAGAACAUACAGGAGCAUGUUAUGCCGUGCUGUAUUGAUGCAGUUUUGAAAUUUGUACAGUUUCUUUGUAGUGUCACAUUUUCACAAUGCUGGUGUUUUCCAUUGCCUUUUCUAUGUAUAUUCAGCUGGGACAGAGUGGUUUGUCAAACUCUGUCCUGAUGUUUUGUUACACGGUUUCAAGCCAACAUUUUUAAUAUUAAAGUCAUAUAUAUCUCAUAACAAAUGACACAUUUUGCAGUCGGUCACUACAGAAAUAAACUGUUUAAUGUUCUGUUAUAUCUUAUAGAUAUCGUGUUCACAGCUCGUUUGUUAGGGGUAGAACUCCUAAGCUAAGUGCAAUAUAAAAAGUUGUUGCUUCCAAUUUUUAACAAGAAAUGUUCAUAUUUAUAUGAUAUUUACAAAAGAAAGGCUUCUGAUAGAUUUACUUCUAACUGGGCUGUGAACAGUUUUUUCCUGUAUAACUUUUAGUCAAACACCUGCAUAUUAAAUUGAAAUGAUUAUGCACUUGUUUUUCCUUUGUGUUUGAUUGUGUUGUAUUUUUGAAUUGUUCUGUUGUAGAUGAAGAGCACAGAUUUUUGAUUAUUGUACGUGUAUGUUGAACAUGAAAGUAAAAAGUUGUACAUUUUGGUCAUGUGUAAGAUAUGUGUAAACAGUUUACAGUUGGCCUAUUUCGCUUUUUUGUGUAAAAGUCACAUGUUGUUAAACGUUUGGAUGUUAAUUUUCACAUUGUUGACUCAACGUGCACUUGAGUAUCUACUGGGUCAUGUGGUUUUCUCACACACCUAAUGCAAAUUUUAAUUUGUCUUCAUUUAAAAUGCAUUUGCCAGUUUUUGUUUGUUUGUUUUUCUUUUUUUUUUUUUUUGAAAGUUAUGUUGAGCCAAAGUAUUAUUGAAACUAAUGUAAAAGAGAAUUUCCUGAGAAAACUGAAACUUGCUACUGAAAGAAAUGUAAAUGACUGGGAAUUGUCCAGUGAUAGUUGAGAAAACUAUCAGAAGACAAUUAUGAAUAAUAGUUAUUGAAUACUAUUGUGACCUCUGACAUACUGUAUAGACUUUUUUGUACUUGAUGUGUAACCUGGUGUCUUCGUUGAGGAAUAAUGCACAUGUUGAAUUUUCCCGAAUGAGUCAAACCUGAAUGUUUCUUCAGUUAAAGAUUAAUUUAAUUUAUUUCUGAAUUUAAAUUCAAAGUGGAGUUGAAGAAUAUUGUCCUUUUUCCUCUGGAUUUCACAUCACCACGGUGUCAAAUUAUGAGUCUCUGACUAGAAGAUUUAAUUAAUAGUCUGUUAAUUCUUUUCACUGAUUGAAGGGUUGUUAUGCCACUGUGUUCUGCAAUGCAAAUGUUUGUCUGCAAAAGCUGUUUGGUCUGUGUGAUUGUAAGAAACAACAUUGCCUUGUUUCAUCUGGACCCAUACUUUUUUAAUAAAGUAUUUUUUUUCUCCUAA